AUGUUCAUGGCAUGGAAGCCAAAGAGUGCCAGCCUCUCCGUGCUUGAUGCCCAUUCCCAACAAUGGAGCAUUCGGCCUCUUUAUGAGGAUUUCACGCCCGCUGACGUACGAGAUACAAAGAAAGAAGUCGGGGUCGGUGGGUCACUGGCCGCACCAACAAGCCCUAGGAUGGAUCCCAUUGAACGAGCCUACCUCGCUGGGCUCAUGGCUGAAGGCCGCGAGAGAGCGAAACGCUCCGGAGCUGAUAAGUACUUUCCGUUCUACGCUGCCAAUCGCAACACCUCAGCCUUCCAGCAAGAGCUCGUCCGAAAGCUGCAAUGCGGCAGUAGCCGGGAGAGGCGGACCGCGUUCGUCGACCUCCGGCGCCUGAAUUGGAUGGACCGCACAAAAGAGACGCUGCUCGACGCGGGCCUUCCGGCCGCGCUGAUGUCAUUCCUCGAGGCCAACGACGGGUGGGACGAGUUUUACGACGAGAGGGGGGAGGAGGUUUGCCCGCGGGACGAGAGCUUCAGCCUGCUUCUCACGUUCUUUGACUGCGCCCAUUGCAUCUCCAGAGUGAGCGACGAGGCGCUACAGAGUUUGGGGGAGCGCUUUCUGGCGCGGGCGCCGGGACAGGCGAUGUCGAUGAGCCCGUGCGACUUGGGCCAGAUCCUGAAGCUCCUCCGCUUUUGUUUCAAGUACGGGGAGAAACCCCUCGGAAGCAACGAGAAGGCGUUCUUGAAGUUUCUCCCGCGCCUGAUGGGUGAGCGUUCGCUGGAGGACGAGUACUGGCCGCUCAAGCUCGCCUGGGUGUCCUGUCUCGAGAUCCUGAAACUGCACGAGAAGCGGAGCCUCGGUCCCAGCUCUCCGAGCACUCCGCAGCAACCCCUUUCUAAAGGGUUCCUCUGGGAAUCGGCGCCGAUCGUCGUUGGCAGUCUCCCCUGGGAAAGUCCCCGGCAGCUCGACACACCCCCCUGGAUCUUCACCGCCGUCCAGGAGCCCACGGAUGUGGUCGAUCAGAACCAGGGGGAAGCGAAAGGACAUGCUGAGUUGCUCGCGGAGGCGCUUGAGGCGCUCGCCCUCCUUUCGAGAGACCCGGAGAUUGCGGGCGGUGCGCUGCUGACCGAAGCGGAAGCACUGCUGGCGCUCCUCAGCAGAGAGUACAAACUAUUUUCUGCGCCCUUCGAGGACAGGUACGAUCACUGCACCGACUUCCGCGCUGGGAAGAUGCGCCCCGACGACACCACUACGCAAGUCUCCGCCGCAUUCCGCGCAAUGAACUCCAAAAAGCGGAAGGCCUAUGCGGACACCCGCCAGGCGGCCGAGCAGCUGACACGUGUCCUCGCCUCAGUGGCCGAGAGCGCCGGCUCGGACGCCGAGAAGCGCAGGUCCGUCGUCCGGAAACUGUACGAAUGCAAGGACGCUCAGUUCGUCGUGAAAGUGAGGCGGGCCGAGAAGGCCUCGCAGCGCUUUGCGGAGUUUUGCGAACGGGAGGGGGGGUGGGUCGGGUCGUUGGACUGGGUCCCGGAACUGCCGCGGCUGUCACGGGGGCUGUGGGCCUUGUUUGCAGCGGAGUUUGGGCUCAAGGAGUGCAGCUAUCCGGAUUGCUACCAGGAGGUCGCCGAGAUGAAGCGCGGCAGGCUCGAGAAGUGCAGCGCGUGCAAGACCGUUCAGUAUUGCGACGAGGACUGCCAGAAAGCUCAUUGGAAGGCGCACAAGCCCGAGUGCCAAGGUGUCAAGGCAGCGGCGAAGAAAGCAAGGGUUUCCGCAGUCUGAGUUUGGCAGCGCCUGGUCAUGCGUAGAGUUCUUUUUCGUAUUGUCGUAGUUUAGUGUACAGAUUGUUCGUUGCAAAGUAUGUGUUGGGAGUGUGCAUAUACCUAGUCCGAGGUAGCUACUGCACUUUGCCGUUGCGAUGUUAUUCCUUUCUUUGUACCUUAGGUAUAGGGCAUGAAAGGUAGUUGUAUGUCAAAAGUGAUUGCUGUGUAUUCUGCACACGGAACAUACAUUAGAUCCAGUUCUGACGAUUCACGCAGGGAUUGACCGGACUGGUAUAGGUUGGUGCACCUGUGGAUUGAACCUGGGUCCCUGACCCUCCUUCUAUAACAUUGAAGAGACGGGUCGGUAUAUUUGAACACGGGUCGGACACGGACCCUUAUACUUCGAUGACGUUGAAGAGUCG